UAUUGGUGCUGACGGCCAGUGGGGGGCGCUAACACAGUUAUAAAAGAAGUCACCAUUAGAAGCCAUGCUAUGAUGUGCAGCGUUGUCUUCCUGUAAUAAAAGCAGCUGUAUGAACACAUCAAUGACAAAGUUCCAAGAUAAACACAACAAUCAAAGUGACACACUGAGGCAGGAGAGAACCGUGGCUGUGACACGGACCGUCGCGAGGACCAGACCACAGUGAGGAGGCUGUCACAACACGGGGGGACAUGGUGCUUCCAGAGCGGGGGAGUUAGGACCGUUAGGACCGUUAGGACAGUCACCGUGGGCCUCUAGCUGUAGCUGCUACUGUCCAUACACGUCAGCAGCAGCAGCGGUUCAGCUCCGGACAACAACAACAGCUGCAUUCAUGAGCUCUUCCCACGCAGCGUCGGCUUCACCGUGAACAGCGAUGGCUCUGAAGUCACGGAGGCCGUGGACCACAGUCGUUAUCGGCGUCUUUCUCGGCUUCACCGCGUCGUCGUGGCUCUUCGCGCCUCAGGUGGACGACAGGAGGAAAAAAGGUCCCACCUGUUUCUACAGAGACUCGUCCGUGGGUGAAGGUCCUCCCGGUGUGCUCGGGAGGAGCGCGGGGAGCAGGGAGCAGGAGGAGGUGCUGGGGCCGGGGAGCAAAAGCGGGGACAGAGGACACAAGCGCUUCCUCUAUGUCGGUGUCAUGACCGCGAAGAAGUACCUGAGCUCUCGCGCCGUCGCUGCCCACCAGACGUGGACCAGCUCCAUACCCGGCAGGGUGGAGUUCUUCUCCAGCGCCGGGUCAGCUGCUGUCCACACGGACGUCCCUGUACCCGUGGUGUCUCUGGCGGGAGUGGACGACUCAUACCCGCCACAGAAGAAGUCCUUCAUGAUGCUCAAGUACAUCCACGACCACUACCUGGACCAGUAUGAGUGGUUCAUGAGGGCAGAUGAUGACGUUUAUAUCAAAGGUGAGAAGCUGGAGUCGUUCCUGCGCUCACUGAACAGCAGCAAACCCCUUUACCUGGGUCAGACUGGUCUUGGCAUGACUGAAGAAUUGGGCCGUUUGGCCCUCGAGCCCGGAGAGAACUUCUGCAUGGGAGGCCCCGGGAUGAUCUUCAGCAGAGAAGUACUUCGCAGGAUGGUCCCUCACAUCAGUACCUGUCUGAGGGAGAUGUACACCACCCACGAGGACGUGGAAGUGGGUCGCUGUGUGCGUCGUUUUGGAGGAACACAGUGCGUGUGGUCGUACGAGAUGCAGCAGCUCUUCUACGAGAACUAUGAACACAACAAGAAAGGUUUUAUCGAGGAGCUUCACAGCAGUAAGAUCCACAACGCCAUCACACUGCACCCGAACAAAAAUCCCGCCUACCAGUACAGACUCCACAGCUUCACACUGAGCCGCGAGAUCUCGAGGCUGCGCUACCGCACCGUCCUGCUCCACCGCGACAGCCUGGUCAUGAGUUACCUGAGCGACACGGAGGUGCAGUGGGAGGACCAACAGCUGGGCUCCCCGCCUUCAUACAUGCACUAUCAGCCCAGCGAGAGGAAAGACGUCAUCGAGUGGGAUUUCCUGACCGGCCGCCACGUUUACUCUGCAGACGAAAGCAAGACCCCUCGGCAGAGCCUGGGGAACUCGCUCCGGACUGCACUGGAGGACGUUAUAAUGCAGGUGAUGGAGAUCAUCAAUCAGAACUCAAAGACUCAGGGCCGUGCUAUUGACUUUAAAAAGAUUCAGUACGGCUACUACAGGGUGGAUCCAAUGCACGGAGCGGAAUACAUUCUAGAUUUGCUGCUGCUGUACAAGAAGCACAAGGGACGGAAAAUCAAAGUGCCCGUGAGGCGGCACGCUUACCUCCAGCAGGCCUUCAGUCGACCCUUCUUCACCGAAAGUGAGGAGUUAGACGUGGCAGAACUCGUGGCUGUCAUCAACUCCGAGUCUCAGUCCCUGUCCUUCCUGUCCAACUCCCUGAAGUUCCUGUCACCUUUCCAGUUCUAUGAAUCGACCAGAGAAGUGUGGAAGCAGAACCAGGAGAAAGUCCACAUUGUCCUUCCGUUGUCCGGUCGCUACGACACCUUUGUCCACUUCAUGGAGAACUUUGAGAAGGUGUGUUUAAUCGCCAAACAAAACAUUAAACUCUCGGUUGUUCUCGUGGACAACGAGAGCAGUCAGAUCAGUGAAGCCUAUAUUCAGCUGAUCAAAGAGUAUCAUCGGAAAUAUCCCACAGCGGACAUUUCUCUGAUCCCCAUGACGGGGAACUUCUCGCGAGGCCUGGCUCUGGAGCUGGGCUCCUCCAGGCUCCACAACGACACCUUACUGUUCUUCUGUGACGUGGACCUCGUCUUCAGUGCUGAUGCCUUGCAGCGCUGCAGAGACAACACUGUCCAAAACAAACAGGUCUACUUCCCCGUUGUCUUUAGUCAAUACAACCCCAAGAUAGUGUACGCCGAGAAAACCCUGAGAGAAAACAAAUAUGUGCUCACCAAGAAAAGUGGUUUCUGGCGAGAUUACGGCUUUGGAAUCACGUGCAUAUUCAAGAGUGAUUUGCUAAAAGCCGGAGGCUUCGACACCUCCAUCUUUGGUUGGGGAAUGGAAGACGUGGACUUGUACACGAAGGUUAUCAGCACUGGUUUUAAAGUGCUGCGCAGUCAUGAUCCAGGAAUCUUCCACGUUUAUCACCCGGUCCACUGCAACGCGAGCCUCGAGCAGAAACAGUACAAAAUGUGCCUCGGUUCCAGAGCGAGCACGUUUGCGUCGACGGUGCAGUUAGCAGAGCUGUGGCUGGAGAAACACGCGGAGAACGGCUACAACAGAACUUCAUCGUGACAUUCGCGAGUUCACCGCACGCCUCAGCGACGCACUGUGUUGUUCAACUUCACAGGACCUUCAUCCAAAGUGACCUGACACGAGUCAAACGUGAAAACAUGGUACCGGACCGGAACCCAGUCCAGGUUUGCUGCACCAAAAAAACACAGGAGUGGAGUGUCUACAAACCCCAGGUUCAUCAGAUACUUUACACUUUACUCAGUUUUACACUUUUAUUCUUUGCUGACUGAGGCUACGUAAAAGUGCCGAGUCAUGGAGGGUGAAAGAAUGACCCAAAGAACGAUCAUGGAAAUUAUAUGCAAUGACAAUUAUUAUUCAUAUUAUAUUGAAGUUUUUUGUAAGAGAAUUGAUAAUCAGAGUGGAGUGUGUGUGUGUAUGUGUGUGGGCUGAAUACAUUCUUGAUUUUUGAAGUGAGAACAUUUUGGUUGGUCCUCACAUCCUGUCCUCAUUAUUAAAACUGCUUUUUUAGUGUGAGGUUAAGGGUAACAGUGAGGUAUUUAGAGAGUGUCUGCGCAGACAUUUGAUUCAUUGACUCUUAGUUCUUUGGUCCAUCAAAGUGUUCAACAUGUUUCCCAAACUCAGAAGUGAUGAUUCAGGAAACCAGACAAUAUUCACGUUUAAGCAACAGAAAAAUCUGAUAAUUUAAUAAUUCAACUUAAACGUUUACUGAUGAAUCAAUUAUCAAAGUAGGUGAAAAUGGUGAAUUAACCUGUUUUUACAAGUGAAGAAGAAGAAGAGUUUCGUCCAGCUUUAAUUCACAACCAGGCAUUUUCACUUAAAUGUGAAAAUGUUUAUGGUAAAUGCAGUAUUCAAUUGAAGCCAACCUUUAAGCAAUUUGUAUCAAGUUACCAAACUGAAAAUUGAAAAUAUUUGUAUUCAUUUAUUUAUUUGUGAUGACCACCUGCAGUAUCCAAAGAACCCACCAGGGGGCACAACCUAAUUACUGGAUUAUACAAAUGUCUGUGUGAUGAAGCUAGUGAGUGAGUGGGUGAGUGUCACAUUGACUCCAGUCCACACUCACAUGAGGCCAUUGUACAUUUCUGUAGUUACUCAUGGCGCUUUUUCACUACAUAGUCCCGGCUCGCCUCGCCUCGGCACGGCUCGACUCUACACUGUUUGCUUUGGUUUUCCAUCACUAUAGUACCUCCUCAAUGUAGGCGGAGUCAUCACUGCACGGCUGCAUGAAACUGCCGUGACUUUGUUUUGUGUGCGACACACACACACAAAAACAACAGUCACUAGGACUUGUACAGCAGUUGUUUUCCGUGUAACUGAAUCAUUAGAAUCAGUUAAUUAAAAAGAGUUGAUCAGUAUUUCCUCCAUGGCAGAGCUGUCGCUACAUACAGCAGACGCCUCUGUUCAAUGUUUGGAUUUCAGACCUUUCCUUAAAGGUAAAUGUCAGAGAGAAAAAACGCAUGUUAAUCGUCUGUUUCUGUUGCCAUUUUACUUUCCCAGGAAAACAAGACAUUGUCUUUCUUUGCACUUGCUACAAACCAAUUUAAUCUGCUCUAAGAACAUUUAUUCCAAUAAACGAGUGAGCAAAUAU